AUGACUGCCUACAACCUGCUCGCUUCCAAAGAUCAUGGCCAGGUGGCAACAGCAACAGCAACAGCAACAGAUCGCGGAGAGGACGACCGGAAAAUUCCUCAUACAUUAAAGGAGUGGGCACCUUCAUGGUUUUGGAGAGUUGGUGUUUCAAUCCUGUUGAUCGCCAUUCCCGUCGCACACAUCGUACUAGUCGCCAUGGUUGCGUAUCUCAACAAUAAGGAACAAAGUCCGUUUGGAGACGACGUAUUGCAUUCGUGUGGUGCCUCAGUCCUCUUGGAGGCCAAGCAGCCGUCAUCCUUGCACCUCCAACCCAACUCGAUAGCCACAGAAGUUCCUGCCCUGUAUUACUUAGGAAGCAACAUAUCGGAUUUUAAUUUCUUCUACAACAGCUCUGACAUCGUGGGGGUGUUUGCCGGCACCUCGGCCAGGUCUUCAUACAUCGCCGACUUUAGAAGCGCCAUCGUCGCAUCGUUCUACACGUCUGAUACACUUAUCUCUCACGCCAACGGGUCAACUGAUGGGUUUGAAUCUGCUGUCGCUGGCCUGGGAGGAACGUCACAAGCCGCUCGAAUGGGUCAACGAGACCUGUGGCGCAAUGUGCGCAUCCCAUUCCUAGAGUUGCUCCCAGGUUAUGACCCUGAUGAUCCCUCAGCUUGGGUGUCAGUCCCAGCAGACAUGGUGGUCCCGUAUGCCUCACUUAUUGGAAUCCCUAUUCGUGGUGGCUCGUUCAACCGAACGGGAAACUCAACAUUGACGGUCCAUGCUCACUACCAAACCCUCUCCUGCAAGGGCAUACUCAAUGCGACAGAUUGGCUCGAAGAUGGCUCCUCCAAACUCUUUUAUCACAGCCACCCAUCCUCAGAUCCUUAA